GUCGAUUCUACUAAUCCUGCAUCGUGUAACGGAUUAAACAAAUAUUUAGGACUAUCUCAUUUGUUUACUUUUCAAGUAUAGGGCAAAAUAUUUGUUCGUGUUGUGUUUCAAGAAAUAUUGUUUCAGUUUUCAUCCGUGGUGACCUUAAAAAUUUUAUAUAAAAAUUUCGUAGUGUAGUGCAUUAUACAUAAGUGAAAUAUCUUAAUUUAUACUAUGUCAUUAGUAUGUUAUGGAAGCAGUGACAGUGAAGAAGAAUCUGAAGAAAUCAAAUCCACUUCUGAAUCUGACAAAUUAAGUCUUCAAUCAUCUGAGGAGAAAAAUAUUUCCAAAUAUGAGGAGCAAAAUUUUAAUAAAGCUGGAGAAAGAAAUAUUCCAAAUUUUGAUUCCAUUCCCAAGCCUGCUGCUAAAAAAGGAAGAGAAACUGUAAAAAUUACUAUUCCAUCAUUGGAUCAGUUUAAAGAUGAGGAUAUCAAAAUAGAAUCGAAGGCAAAGCCAGCAUUUAAGGGGGGUUCUGGAUUACUGAGUAUGCUUCCACCUCCUAAAUAUUCUAGCUCAGUUACACAGCGGGGUCUUACACCUUAUAUACUCACAAAACAAAAGAAUGCUGAAAAGAAAACACCAGAAAUCAAACCUGUGCCCAAGAAAUCUUCAUCAAGUGGAAGUAUUAAUCGUGUUUCUGUUUCAAAAGCAGAGCAUUCUUCUGAAAAUAUUUCUACAAAUAAUGAUGAAGAUGGUGAUGAUUCAGCUACAUUUGACUUCUUUUCACUAGAAUCUGCUAAUAAAAAAACUGAAAUUGAAGAAAAUAAUGUGUUGAAUACUCAGCUUCCUAAUAAGAGCUCACUUUUUUCAUCUUUACCUGAACCUACCCAAAGUGCAUCUCAUACUAUAACACCAAUUUAUCAAGAAGAAGCUGCAUCAGGACCUUUUACUUCAUAUUCAUCUUCUCAGAGUGAAAACUAUUCAGGAAAUUAUGAAUGGAAUGAAAAUGUUCAAACUGCAUAUACUAGUGAUCAAACUGGUUGGAGUGUGAAUUACCAAAGUGUUCAGGAUGUCGAUCAGACUGAUGUUGAAACACAAUUUUUAAAAGAUGAAAGUUUUAAAAAAAUGCUAGGCCGGAAGAAAGAAGAGGUACAGAUUAUUGAUGUCAAUGCUGAUGAUCAGCUUACAGGAAAAGAACAAUGGUUGAUGCAGUCUUUAACAGAGGAAAAAAUUCAUCGUCCUUCAAAAAGAAAAGGUGAAAUGCCUACACAACAACAAAAACGUAAACAUCAAAUAACAUAUUUAGCUUUUCAGGCAAAAGAAAGAGAGUUGGAUUUAAAGAACCAGUGGUCUUUGAACAGAAGUACACGUCGUGAAACUCAAGCAAAAUAUGGAUUUUAGCCUUUUAUAUUUUUGCUGUAUUAUUAAAAAUUUUUGAAAUUGUAUGAAUCAUAGUAAUUAUUUUGUAUAUAAAAAAAGUAUAGUAUUUUUUCUUCUUUUCUAUCUCUUAUCAUUGUCACAAUAAAUAAAUAAAGGGGAAAAAAAUCAAAAAAUAU